GUUCUCCUGCUCAUGUGAUUGCUUGUUAAGCGUCUUCACAGUGCUCACAAAACUGGAAAGCCAUCCGGGCGGCAGCAUUGCAUUUCAGGCAGUUCUGCAGGACAUGCAAGGGGAAUACUCUGUGUUGUAAUUCACUAGGACUGAAAUAGGCGCAGCCGACGUCGAGCUCAGGAUUGACAGAGUAGGUAAAACGACCAGUCCACUAGGCAAAAUGGCUGGUCAGUUUCAAAGGGAGGGCGGGGAAAACAUUCUUGAAAGAGAACAAAACAGUGCGGACCUAAUGGAAGCCCUGAGCCGAGUGAUGCACCUCAGUCGGCCUUCUGAACGGCACCAGCACCGCAAAGUGGAGGAGCGCAGAAAAGUACCAUUGCACGCCAAGCUCGUCGAGGAUGUGAUAAGUAGCGCCUCUCGGACGUGGUCCAAAGUCCAGCAUUGUUUAGAGUCGGAGCAGCGACGGACUCGGUAUGGGAGACAUGCAAACUUUGCGUCGAUAAGCGGUGCACUGGGGACGGAAGCCGGAAUUGGCGGGGCGGCUGCUGGGGUCGUCAGUAAAGGGGCUGGCCAGACUCCCAAAGAACCAGGCCUUUCGGGGCUGAGAGAGAAUCUCGAUGAGAGUGGUGCCGUGGAGAAGCCUGAGUGGACGAGCGAGCAGCAGAAGAGAGGGCGGGAAGGCCGGUUCCUGAUCCACGAAGUGCAGAUUUUGGACUCCGAGGGGAAUGAUCUAGAAAUGGACCACCCGGAGCUCAAGUCGCUCAUCCAAAAGACGAUGAAGAUAUCAAACCGGCCGGGCUUUGCAUUCAACGUGAAGGAGGUUCAUGAGGACAUUGACCGGCUGGGGCGCCUCGGCGUGUUUGAGAACGUGGUGCCCUAUACCAAGGAUACCAGGGACGGCGUUGUGCUCCAGUUGCAUAUUGCGCCUCAUCCGGUUGUGAGGAAGGUGGUGGUCAAAGGUUCCGACGUCCUGCCAACAAGCCUGAUACAGAAAGAGACAAAGCCCCUCAUAAAUAAGGUCCUGAACAUGAACGAGCUGUAUGAGGUCAUCGACCGCUUCAAGACGUGGUACAUUGACAAGAAGUUCUUUGCGGCUGUCAAGCCCGAGACUUUAGACCCGGACGGCACGCUCACACUGACGGCGCAUGAGCCCAGGCUGCGGCGGAUCGACGUCAAGGUGCAGAGUGGAGACAACCCCGACAAGGUGGGGGGCUACACGAAAAUGUCGACGAUCAAGCGCAACCUGAUCCUGAAGGAGGGCCAGCUGAUGAACGGGGAGACCCUGCGCGAGAACAAGCAGCUGCUGCACUCCAUGGGCAUCUUUGCGGACGUCAACAUCAUCCCGACCGAGGUCUUCGACGGGGAGAAUGGCGAGCCUGAUGCGGUGUUCCCUUGGGAGGGCGAGGGCAUCCCGGGGGGGUACCAGCUGGCGCUGCGCGAGCGCUACAACGGCAAGAACAACCGGGGCUCGGUACAGGUGGCGGGGGGGCUCAACGGGGCGGGCGGCGACUUUCUGUCGGGCCUUUCCUUCUCUUCGGCGUGGUCCCACUCCAACCUGUUCGGCGAGGGCAAGCGGUUGCGGCUAGAGGGCGAGAAGGGCGCGGGCAUCUUUAAGUGCGAACUCGACUACCUGGACCCCUGGCUCGACGGUGACAACAAGCGCACGGGGCGCAGGAUACAAAUACGGAAUCUGAAGACGGUGGACCACAUACACUGUCCCAAGCCGGAGGACAUGGCGGGCGACCCGGGGCGGACGGGGGGCAGUCCCGCAAUUGCCAAGCGGCUGGCGUGCAUUGAGUACUCGCGGCCGCUGCGGCCAGAGUGGUUGGGGCGGGCGGGUAUCCAGUAUCAGAGCGCCACCCUGAAGGACGACUUUGGGGAGACGCAGCUGUUGGACAUGUACGGCAGCCCGCUCACCUUCAGCGGAAAGCCGCGGGAUGAUGCCUUGGUGGUGUAUGGUAACCUCUCGUGGAACACACAGUUGUUUCUGAGCAUGAAGCAGGGGCUUCCCAUCGCGCCCAAUUGGCUGUGCUUCAACGAGAUGACGGCCAACUGGAAGAAGGGCCUCGUUGUAAACGACUACCUUGAGCUGCAGGCUAGGCUGCAAGCGGGUACCGUAGUGGGCGAUCUGGCGCCGUACGACGCUUUUGAGCUGGGCGGGACGGGCUCGGUCCGGGGCUGGCAGGACGGAGAACUGGGGACCAGCAAGUCGCACGUGUCGGGGAGCCUAGAAGCGAUCAUCCCCGUUAAGCCAAACCUGUUGGAGGGCGUCCUUUUCGUUGACGCUGCCACGGACUUCGGCUCAGGAAAACAUGUGCUAGGGGAUCCUGCCGGGGUACGAGGCCGGCCAGGCAAGGGGUACGGUUUCGGCGGAGGCGUUCGGGUGAUGUCACCGAUUGGACCGAUCCGGUUAGAGUACGGAGUGAAUGAUAGGCUUCAGGGGCGAUAUCAUUUUGGACUGGGCUAGAACUGUGAUGGUUUCUAAGCAAGACGGGAUUCAAUGCGUCCACUGCGAGAACCUAGUGACUAGAGGACUUGAAGAAACUUCGGGUUGUUUGCUUGAUUCCCUUUCAUCACCUGCUUCAAGCGCUGAG